AUUCGACGAUUCUACAACUAUGUGAUCUGCUGACGUUGAAAGUUGGACUUUGGGUUAAUCUGAACUUUUGUGAGAAGAUGGAUAACAAAGAGGAAUCAAAGAGUUGUUCCGUCAGCGUCCUGACCUGGGAGCAGGUGAGCCGGCUGAAUGAGGUUCUGACCGAGGUCGUGCCUGUACAUGGACGGGGGAACUUCCCUACCUUAGAGGUGCGGCUGAAAGACAUUGUGGCGCGCGUCCGCUCCCGCCUGGAGCUGAGCGGCAUCCGAGUGAAGGACAUAAGGCUCAAUGGCUCCACGGCCAGCCACGUACUGGUGCAGGAUAUUGGCUGGAGCUACAAGGAUCUGGACGUCAUCUUCAGGGUGGACCUGCCGCACGAGGCAGAGUUCCGCCUCAGUAAGGACGUGGUUCUGGGUACCCUGCUGGACUUCCUACCUGAGGGUGUGAACAAAGAGAAAAUUACACCCAUGACUCUCAAAGAGGCGUAUGUCCAGUAGCUGGUGAAAGUCAACACAGAGCAGGACCGCUGGAGCCUCAUCUCCCUCUCCAACAACAACGGCCGCAAUGUGGAGCUGAAGUUUGUGGACUCAAUACGGCGGCAGUUUGAGUUCAGUGUGGACUCCUUUCAGAUUGUGCUGGACUCCAUGCUUGCCUACUACGAGCUGGCACAGACGCCCAUGUCACAGGCCUUUCACCCCACGGUGAGUGGGGAGAGCAUGUACGGGGACUUCGACAUGGCACUGAGCCACCUGCGGAACAAGCUCAUCACCACCAAGUGGCCCGAGGAGAUCCGAGGUGGCGGCCUGCUGAAAUACUGCAAUCUGCUGGUGCGGGACUUUCGUCCUGCCAGCGAGGAGGAGUUCAAGGGCCUGGAGCGGUACAUGUGUUCACGCUUCUUCAUCGACUUCCCCGACAUCGGUGAGCAGCAGCGCAAGGUGGAGGCCUACCUCCAGAGCCACUUCAUAGGCGAGGAGAAGAGCAAGUACGACUACCUCAUGAUCCUGCGGCGAGUGGUCAACGAGAGCACGGUGUGCCUCAUGGGCCACGAGCGGCGGCAGACCCUCCACCUCAUCUCGCUGAUGGCCUUCCGAGUCCUGGCCGAGCAGAAUGCUAUCCCGGAUGCAUCCUGCGUCACCUGCUACUAUCAGCCUGCGCCGUACGUCCGAGACCACAACUUCAGCAACUACUAUGUGGCUAACCAGAACAUUCCAACAUGGCUGCCAUGUAACUGAUAAAGCGACCGAGUGGAAGGAUGCACAAGAGGGCACCGCCGCCGCUGCUGCUUUUGAAAAGAGAGAAGGAAUAAAUAAAUAAAAAAACUCCCCCAAAAAAAUAUAUUAUUGAGGCAAUAAAUGCUAUGUUCCUCUCAAGGCACAAUUAUAUUUAAGUGGACAAGUGUUUUGCUUUGUUUUUUGGAAUCCUUUCUCAUUCCUUAUCUACAGAGUUGUCUAGGUCAUUGAAUAGAAAGUGAUAUUUUUAAGUGUUUAGAUUUUUUUUUUUCUCAUCAUGUUUGGUUGUUUCCCUGUUUAUCAACCUUAUUCUUAAUGGAGUUGUGUUUUGUGCCUUAACCUCCAGGUUUACCCUCCAAUAAUUUAAGCAUGGGCUAUUUUUGAAGAAAUGGAAGAAGAAAAUGUUGUAGCCCUAUAUUUGGUUUUCUCCUGUGAUUUAAAAAAAAAAAAAAAGAAAAAUGUGAAAAGGCAGAAAAAAACAAAAUGGUAUUAUUGUGAAAGGGUAUAGGUGAUGGCCAAAAAAAAAUCGCAGAGCACCAGUGUUAAAAAGGUUUAGCUCACUGGGUAAGGAACAUAGGUGGUACACUAAUAACUUUGUGCACAUCAGAAAUGAAGGGGAAGCGAGUGGAGUUGUAUUUGUUUUAAUUCAUUUUGACAUAAAUAUCUCUCACAGACCUCUGUGCUCUCCCUAAUAUGCCGGCAAUGCCUGUGAUUUGUAAACAAUGCAAGGACAAAGGUGUAUUUUUACUUUCCACUGUGAAUUUCAGUGUAGGGCGAGCUCCCCGCCUCCCCCUUUCUCCAGUUUACUCAGCCCUGUACUUUACAGUCAUGAGCGGCUUUGAGUGGAAAUGUGUAGUGAGACAGUUUAGGCCUCAGAUAGACGGGCUCCUGUGUGUCUGAGGAGUUUAUUUUCCCCUGGUUUUUGUUUUUUUGUUUUUUUUUU